AGCCAAGGCCUUAAACUUCCUCUCAUAGACAAUAGAUCGGUCAAGCAAAAGUUGAAUUGCAACAUUCGUGUAAAAAAAGUCGAGAGAAGUGUACUUGACCCAAUUAAAGUCACCUCAGAUCUUGGAGCUCAACAAGACUGUACAAGAAAACCAAGUGAGUCUGCAUUUGAAAACAGGAAGCGAUCUCAAAGGAGGAGUAUGACAAAGUCCUCUAACCUCAGUCUAGAUCACAGAGGCCUUGAGACAAAAUACAAAACAGGGACUAUUCCAGCACAGGGUCAGUCAUCUCUAACUCAGUUACCCACACUGACCUCCCAGGGAACUGCAGGCGCCCCCACAGCAAACAAGUUGAGUGGUUCAGCCCUUCUGCACCACAGAAGGGCCCCUUUUAGGUCCAGAGGGAAAAGCUUUUGUUCUACUCAGUAUUUAACUGGGGAAGAUUCUUUUGAAGAAAUGGAAGACGCCGAUCAAUUAAAGAGAAAACUUUCGAGGAGCAUUAGCCAGUUUCCUAGGAUUCUGGAACACAGGAACAAAUUAAGAGAAAUAUAUUUAGCACAAGGUGAGCGACAUAGCUUGGAAGAAGGUGGAAAUGACAAAAAUGCAUCAUCAAGAGGGGGUAAAUCUUCCCAUUGGCCUUUAAGAGGGCACAGAACGAUGGUCAGUGCUGUAGAACUACAGCAGAGAGAAUCUCAGGACAGUGACAAAUUAUACCCUCCAGACAGGAAUUGUCUGGAAGAUGCAGAUGAUUCUGAAUUUGAAGAUAGGCCAAGUAAUUCAUCUAUUCGAAAGAUGCUUCGUAAUGUUAAUUACAGAGAUAGGGCCCAUGUUUAUUGCAAAGAAUGGCAGUCUCAUGAAAGCAGUGAGAGGUGCCGUGGUCGUGUCAGUUCUGUCAGCUGUUCCCAGACCAGCACUGCACCAAACAGCUCAGGAUCCUCAGCUCCAUCUGCACUGAGAGCCUCAGCAAACUGGAGCUCAGCAACAUAUUCUCCACAAACACAGGAUCUGGAUGUCACUUCAACACUCAAAAUGCAUACACCCCUGGCCUUUAUACGCUCUAGGGAUAAUUCCUCUACUUCAGAAAGUUUUGAUUCCUUACACCGUCUUCACAACACACCUGAGGACAGCACCUUACGGGAGGACAGCAGCAAUGACAGCUGGAACAGGAACACUUCAUCUCCUGGUGGUACGUUGUGUGGUGGGGAGACCUUACAGGGUUCACCUAGGUCUUCAGAUCUAGAGUCUUCCAGCCCGUCUGUGAUUCAGACAAGAGUCACUCCUGAUCUUCACAUUGCUUGUGAUUUGCUUGAUCAGUUGCCAUUGACUUUUCUGGCGGUGCCUUAUUUACAUAAACAAAGUAAUACAAUAAACGACACAACACUCUCCCAUUCAGCAACCAGAGAGGAAGUGAAGAGACCAUGGGCAGAUCGAGAGGAACUUAAACGGCAUGAAAGGGGCUGAUCCGGAGGCUGUGAAGACCCGUGAGCUUCGCAAGCACAACCUGAUAACUCCUGUGGAUAAUUUUAACGUGAAUGCACAUUACAGAAAUCACCAAGAGUCACGGAUCCGUUUACCGAGGAGCUGAUGCUGAGAUCCUGACUCUGAGAAAAACAGAUAAAACUCUCCUGACGUCGCAAUUCCAUCAAGAAGCCUUUAUAUCAAGUGCCCUUCUCGUUGUUUUUUUAUACCCUUACUUUUCUCCUAUUUUAAUUAAAGCCAAAACAAGUGUGUUUAUGUCAUGCAGUCCUUUUUGUGGUCCUGCUGAUGUCUUUGAAAGUCCAAACACUGACUGCUAAUUACUUUAAAAGACCAUAGGUCAAGGUAACUAGUAGUGAAGUCAACAUGGCAUUUCUAUUGAUUAUGUCCUACAACCGCCUCACCUAAUUGGAACCAGUUGGCUAGUAGGUUGCUUUUUUAACUGACCUCCUUUAACCUUUAAAAUCACAAGCUACGGAGAUGCCUGUGGGUUUUGAGUCCCAUAUAAUACUGACAUUCUUUGCUUCUGAGGUUUCUUCUGAUUAGAGCUUGAGCUUCUAAAGUGACGUGACGCCGUGGAGAGCUUACAGCCAAGAGGGCCGGGGCGCGCUUCUCCAUCUGCUGAUUGAAUGCACAUGACAACAAACCACCGAGUGCAUUGCCUUCAGCAGGAGCGGGAGGAACCUUUGGUGAAGCUCUUGUAUUUAACCUUCUCUUUAACAACCAGCAUGGCCCGAAAAAAAAGAGGCUCCUUCCUUUGUUUUAGAGGGAGAAGGAAGGCAGAAGAAAGGCAGUUACUCAGAUCUUGAUUUGAACGCUGACGUACAAAGACACCGAGCUGAAUCCAUGCAAAACAACUAGAAAAUACUGCUGCUGCUUGGAAGCAGAGACAGGAAGGAGCCUGAAGGCUUCACUGGGCUGCACAGCAAGAAGUCUGAAGUGUUUG